AUUUUGUAGAACAGAAAAAAGCGGGAUAAAAGGGUUUGGUUGACAAUGCCCCUGUGCAGACACAGAGUGCACCCCCCCUCGGGUAAUCAAAUAACUACGAAGAUAGAUUUUCUGCACAAUUGGACAGGAAGGGUCCAGGCAGACCUUGAGCCCCGGUACCUUUCUCUCCUCCUACAGGCGGUUGGAAGAGGAGCGGGAAGCUCUGCCUCAGCUUCCCGCCGACCUUCAGAGUCUCCCUCAGUGGUUGAGGGCGGGAGGCCGCCAGGAGACGCUCCGCUUUCACACAGGCUGCCUCUGGGCCGGCCCUCGGUGCUCGCCCCGGCCUCUGGGGAGGCAGCAGCGACAAUGGGCGAAGCGGAGAGCUCGGCGGGGGCGGUGGACGUGAAGCCCCCCUGCCCAGCCGUCGGGCCGGUGUCCGUGUUGGCCGCGCCGGAGCCCGUCCCGCAAGCAACGUCUGAGGAAGUGGCGGCGGCAGCAGCAGCAGCGACAACGACGACGAGCAUCUCUUCCGCCGCCGCAACAACGUCUGCUGUGGCGAUGAUGACAACGACCACGACAACGGCUCCGCCGCCGCUGCCGGUGUCCGUGGUGUGGAGCCCGGAGGUGGAGGUGUGCCUCUUUCACGCCAUGCUGGGCCACAAGCCCGUCGGUGUGAAUCGCCAUUUUCACAUGAUUUGUAUCCGAGAUAAAUUCAGUCAGAAUAUCGGGAGACAGAUUUCUUCCAAAGUCAUCUGGGACCACUUAAGCACCAUGUAUGACAUGCAAGCGCUGCAUGAAUCUGAGAUUCUUCCCUUCCCCAACUCAGAAAAAAACUUCAGCCUCCCAGAUGAAAUGAUUCAAGAGGUAAAAGAAGGUAAAGUGAUGAUUGAAGAUGAUGUGAAAGAAGAAAUAAAAGAAGAGAUGGAAUCGCAUGCAGGUUCCGAAGAAGUAUAUGCAUCUAUGGGAAGUCUGGCAAAAGCAUCUGAAAAAACAAGCAGUAAGGAGAAAGAGAGAAGUUCGUCUGAAUCUGGAUCCAAAGAAGGAGCAGAUAAGAGGAAGCGGAACAGAGUCACUGAGAAGGUCUUAAAUGCAAACAGCAAUCCUUCCAGUCCAAGUGCUGCAAAACGGCGCAGAACAUAAGCGAUGGCCAAAUAAGACAGAAGCAUGUUUUAACUGUGGAGCCUAGGCAUCAAAAGAGUUUUUAGAGUCUAGUUAGCAAAAAGGGGGGAAAUGAGUGAUAAAUGUCCAGGCUCAAUCGGUUAGCCUAGAAUGGACGGCUUGCUGGUCAGCAGAAAGGAGCUGAACAGUACCUUUUUCCUCAGAACUGGGGUGAGAGGGAAUCUGGCAGCUUUACAGACCUGUGUGUUUACUGAACCAGUUAGGUGGUGGAAUUUUUUACAUACCAGUUGCACACCAUAUAUUUAACAUCCCUUCAGGAACAAACAUUUGUAGAAACAUGGGGCCUUGGUUCUUGGAUGAUUUCAUCUUUGAGUGACUUUUGUGUCUUGAGCUGCGGUUGCUAAUUUUAGUGACUGCAAUAGUAUCUUAGCUAAUGCUCCGAGAGAAUUAGUUAUGCCAAAUGCCAGUGAGUCUGGUUUGAAUACAUGUGCACAAAAUACAAGCCAACUGUAUGAAGGAGAAUUCUUUGCUGAAGUUAUGAUCACCUUUGCCUCUUACAAAUUGGGGGUAUAAAUUGCUUUUUCAGAUUGCAGAAGCCGAAUGAAGAAGAUUGUACUUCUAGGUAUAAUAUCUCGUUCAAUAUCUUAAAACCAGGAGCAACGCUGUUUCAUCAUAGCUAGGAUACAGGUCAUCUUUACAAAGCUUAAACUAAAAUGUCAUGUAUAAUGGAAGGUUCAGCAUAAACUGGUAAGAGUACAGGAAACUGAGGCCCUUGCCUCAACCACUUGUACUAAAUUAAUGUCCUAGGUGCAAAGUCUUCAGUGUGAGCAGUUCAAGUAAAGUGAAAUCGCUUGUGUAUGAGGCAUUUGCCAGAUUGGGACAAUAAUGUAUUUAUGUUUUUUGUAUUCAUUAUUUAAUUCAUUUAAAAAAAAUAUUUUUGCCAGCAGUUCUUAAAAUGGAGAUACUGAAAACGAUAAUUUUGUCACGUUUCUCUACUUCCAAAAAGUAGUUUUAAACUUUAAAAAAUGUUUUGGAUUUAUAUUCAGAGUUGCUAAAAACUGAGAUCCAUUUAUCAUUUCUGGGUGAUCAGAACUUGGUGAACUUGGAAAACUUAUCUUUUAUAAAGAAAAGCAGAACAAGCAGAGGAAUGAAGGUUAAAAAGUUGCCCAGUUGUACCUUUGUGUUAGCCUUUGCUAUUCAAUAAAAGAGUUCCAGCCCA